AUGCUCUGGUUACCCAUCUCUGGAGUGGUCUCGGACACGAUCAAUGGGGGUUCUUGGUGGAUUGAUGGAACAAGGAGCAGAAACCCGAUCAUCUCCUUGCUCCGUCAAUGCCUUCCAUCAUCUACCCCCAUUGCUCUCUCCUCUUCUGAUGACUCCUACAGAUGGAAAAUAGGCACUGAUGUCAUCCCCAAAGACUUCUUCUCGUCAUCCGUUACUUGGCACGCUUUACACCCGUGGGGUCCUCCUGUUGGUUGGGCUAAAGCGGUUUGGUUCAAAAGCCGUAUUCCAAAGCAUGCAUUCCUCUGUUGGGUUUCUGCUAGGAAUCAUAUGCAUACUAGAGACAGACUGAGACUUUGGGGCAUUGCAGUUCCUCCUGGAUGUCUCAUGUGUGAUGCGGCGGAUGAGACUGGUCAACACAUCUUCUUCGAUUGUGCUUUCAGCCAUGAAAUAUGGCACACUUUCAACUCUGCAGCUAAUGUCACUCCUCCAACGGACUUCGACCUAUGCCUGCUUUGGCUUAAGUCUCCUUCUCGCGAUGCUAACAAGUCUCUGAUUUUAAGACUUGCAUUUCAGGCCUCCUUAUACGGGAUUUGGAGGGAAAGAAACGCAAGACUUCAUAACGCCUCAUCCACACCGGCUUCUACAAUUAUUACAGAAAUCAAGAAAAGGAUUCGCUGUAGACUGGAUCCGCUGUCGAGUGCUCAACCUAACACUCCUUCAUCUGUCUCUUUUCUAGCUUCUUGGUUCUCUAAGUUUUCAACUAGUUGUCCCUCUCGCUCUUUAGGCUAG